CUUGCUGCCAUGCAGCGCUUGCGGGGCAACCGGUGGCUGGUGCCGGCGACCUCGCUCGCCCUCGGGCUGGGCCUGGGCUGGUCCGGGAGGCGGGAGCCGCAGCAGCAGCAGCAGCAGGGGGCCGCGGAUGGGCUACUCUUAGCCCAGCUGCCGGUCGUGCCGGUAGUGGCCGCGGCCUCCGAGGUGGCCCGGGGAGGCGGCGAGCUAGCCAAACACGGCCUGCCCGGGCUGACGCAGCUGCGGAGCCGCGAGUCCUACGUGCUGUGUUACGAUCCGCGGGCCCGGAGCGCCCUCUGGGUGGUGGAGCGCCUCGACCCGGCUGCGCUGAGCGGGUCGUCGGAACGCGCCGCCUGCGAGUUCCGCGAGGACGACUCGGUGCACGAGUACCACCGGGCCACCAACGCCGACUACCGGGGCAGCGGCUUCGACCGGGGACACCUGGCGGCCGCGGCGAACCACCGCUGGAGCCAGAAAGCCAUGGGGGACACCUUCUACCUGAGUAACAUCGCCCCCCAGAACCCUCACCUGAAUCAGAACGCCUGGAAUAACCUGGAGAAAUAUUGCAGGAGUUUAACCAAAUAUAACAAGAAUGUUUACGUCUGCACUGGGCCGCUUUUUCUACCCAGGACGGAGGCUGACGGGAAGAUGUACGUCAAAUACCAGGUGAUUGGGAAAAACCAUGUGGCCGUGCCGACGCACUUCUUCAAGGUGCUCAUCCUGGAGAAACCAGGAGGGGAGAUCGAGUUGCGCUCCUACGUCUUCCCCAACAGCCCCGUGGACGAGAAGAUCCCGCUGGAGCGUUUCCUGGUUCCUAUCGAGAGCAUUGAACGGGCUUCGGGUCUCCUCUUUGUCCCGAACAUUCUGAAACGGACAAGCAACCUAAAAGCCAUCACGGCUGGAACCAAGACCUCGUAACCCUG